UUAUAAGCGUCUUCAGUUCAUGUCUGUGAUCUGAUCAGGGUGCAGCUUUGUGACUUCUUGUUGGGAAACAGGACAUGGAGGCUGCAAAGAAAGAUGUCCCGCCUUUGGGGGAGGCGGGCAAAUCCGACACCCUCGGAUCAACUGGCUCGGCCAGGAAACGAGGAGGGGGGGCCAAGAAAGCAAUGCAGGCCAACAAGUCUGCGCUCAGGGCCCCCCGAGCCCUUUGCUGCCUCACUCUGAGCAACCCCAUCCGCAUGGCAGCCUUGGCCCUGGUGGAGUGGAAAUAUCCUUUGUCACUUCCUUUUGAUAUUUUUAUUCUACUUGCCAUUUUUGCCAACUGCGUGGCCAUGGGUGUCACAAAGCCGUACCCAGACGAUGACUCCAACGCAACCAAUCACCAGCUUGAACAAGUUGAGUAUGUCUUCCUUGUCAUCUUCACUAUCGAGACCUUCACCAAAAUUCUUGCCUAUGGUUUAGUCAUGCACCCCAGCGCCUACAUACGGAGCGGAUGGAACUUGCUUGAUUUCAUCAUCGUCAUUGUUGGGUUGUUCAGUGUGAUAGCAGAAGGGAUGACUGAUCAUAAGCCAGGAGAGGCCCACCAUGCUGCAGGGAAACCUGGAGGUCUGGACGUGAAAGCUCUCAGAGCGUUCAGGGUGCUGCGACCUCUUCGACUUGUAUCUGGAGUGCCAAGUCUACAGAUUGUGUUGAACUCCAUCAUGAAGGCCAUGGUCCCCCUCCUCCACAUUGGUAUGCUUGUGAUGUUCGUCAUCAUCAUCUACGCCAUCAUCGGCCUAGAGCUAUUCAUCGGCAGGAUGCACAAGACGUGCUACGACAUGAGCACAGGUCUCAUGGUAGAAGACGACUCGAGUCCUUGUGCUUUCGCCGGCGUUGGGCGUUUCUGUUUGAAGAAUGGAACAGAGUGCAGGGGGAAGUGGGAGGGUCCCAAUGGCGGGAUCACAAACUUUGACAACAUUUUCUUUGCCAUGCUCACAGUCUUCCAGUGCAUCACCAUGGAGGGUUGGACAGAUGUGCUCUACUGGAUGAACGAUGCCAUCGGCUUCGACAUGCCAUGGAUUUAUUUUGUCUCUUUAGUCAUUUUUGGCUCAUUUUUCAUCAUCAAUCUUGUUUUGGGUGUGUUGAGCGGAGAGUUCUCCAAGGAAAGAGAGAAGGCCGUGGCACGUGGUGAGCUGCAGAAGGCGCAGGAGAGCAAACAGAUGGAGGAGGACAUGAUCGGCUACAUGGACUGGCUCAUAGAAGCUGAGGAUGUGGACGAAGAAGGAAACAAACGAGCUGCUAUUGCAAAGAAAAAGAUGAUGAAGAAGUUUGGCUGGUACAAGCACAGUGAGGAUGGAGGAGAGUCAGACUCUGAUGAUGAUAUUGCAUAUCUCGAUGAUGACAGUGGCUUCUGUGCUUCACUCAUGGCAAAGAUGAUGGCCAAUAGCUUCUGUGACCAGCUGUGCCAGCUCAACCAUACUUUUAGAAAGAACUGCCGUGUUGCAGUGAAGACCACCAACUUUUACUGGUUGGUGCUGCUGCUGGUGUUUCUCAACACUGUGGCCAGUGCCUCGGAGCACUACGGCCAGCCCAAAUGGCUCACAGAAAUGCAAGAGCGAGCCAAUAAGGUCCUGCUGCUGCUCUUCACUCUGGAGAUGUUGAUGAAGAUGUACGCCUUUGGUUUUCAGAUCUAUUUCAUGGCUCUGUUCAACCGUUUUGACUGCUUUGUGGUGUGCGGCGGCAUUCUGGAGACGCUGCUUGUGGAGCUGGAUGUCAUCCCGCCCAUCGGCAUCUCUGUGCUGCGCUGCAUCCGACUGCUCCGGAUAUUCAAGAUGACUCGGCACUGGGCUGCCCUCUCUGACCUUGUUACCUCACUGCUCAACUCCAUGAAAGCCAUCUGCUCCCUACUGCUCCUGCUCUUCCUCUUCCUCAUCAUCUUUGCUUUGCUGGGUAUGCAGCUGUUCGGAGGGAAAUUCAACUUUGACGACACGCAGAUGAAGAGAAGCACAUUUGACUCGUUCCCUCAAGCUCUGCUCACAUGUUUUCAGAUCCUCACUGGAGAGGACUGGAACGCUGUGAUGUACGAUGGCAUCAUGGCAUAUGGAGGGCCAGUCUUCCCCAACAUGGUGGUGUGCAUUUACUUCGUCAUCCUCUUCGUCUGCGGUAACUACAUCCUGCUCAACGUCUUCUUGGCUAUCGCUGUGGACAACUUGGCAGGAGGCGGCGGAAAGAAAAAAGUCGAGGAGAAAAAGGAGGAAGAAGAGGAGUGGGAUGAAGAUGAAGAGAAAGAAAAUGAAGAUGAAGGGAACGAAGAGGAUGACUGGCAGGAGAACGAGGAGCUGAGAGCCAUCGAGGGACUGGAGGGAGUUGCUCCGUUGAAGCCAGAGUUCUCCGGGCCCAAAGAAAAGAUUGUACCGAUCCCCGACGGAAGCUCCUUCUUCAUUCUUGGAAAGAAAAACUGUUUACGAGUCGCCUGCCACAACCUCAUUCACCACCCCUACUUCACCAACUUCAUCCUCAUCUUCAUCAUCCUCAGUAGUAUUUCACUGGCUGCUGAGGAUCCCAUCAAAUCCCACUCAUUCAGGAACAUAGUGCUCGGAUACGCAGAUUAUGUUUUCACUUCGGUUUUCACUGUGGAGAUCGUCCUAAAGAUGACUGUGUAUGGAGCGUUCCUGCACACCGGUUCGUUCUGUAGAAAUGCCUUCAAUCUUCUGGACCUGCUGGUUGUCAGUGUGUCCCUCACCUCCUUCUUUCUACAUUCAAGUGCGAUCUCCGUGGUGAAGAUUCUCCGAGUUCUUCGAGUGCUCAGGCCCCUUCGAGCCAUCAACAGAGCCAAAGGACUGAAGAAUGUGGUGCAGUGUGUUUUUGUGGCGAUCCGCACCAUCGGCAACAUCUUGAUUGUCACAACGCUCCUUCAGUUCAUGUUUGCCUGUAUUGGAGUGCAGCUUUUUAAAGGGAGAUUUUACAGCUGCACAGAUGAAGCCAAACACACACCAGAUGAGUGCAAGGGAACUUUUGUUGUCUACAAGGAUGGAGACAUGAACCAUCCCAUGGUUAAGGAGAGACAAUGGGAAAACAGUGAUUUUAACUUUGACAAUGUGCUGAUGGGCAUGUUGGCUCUGUUCACUGUAUCGACAUUCGAAGGCUGGCCACUGAUCCUGUACCGGGCUGUGGAUGCUAACGCCCAAAAUCGAGGCCCUAUUUACAACUACAGAGUAGAAAUCUCCAUCUUCUUCAUCAUUUACAUCAUCAUCAUCGCUUUCUUCAUGAUGAACAUAUUUGUGGGUUUUGUCAUCAUCACUUUCCGAGAGCAAGGAGAGGCUGAGUUCAAAAACUGUGAACUCAACAAAAAUCAGCGUCAGUGUGUGUAUUAUGCACUGAAGGCUCAACCGAUCAAGAUCUACAUCCCAAAGAACCCAUCGCAGCUGAAAUUCUGGAGAAUCAUCAACUCCAGCCAGUUUGAGUAUGUCAUGUUUGUGCUGAUCCUGGGAAACACGCUCACUCUGGCCGUGCAGCACUACGAACAGUCCAAACUGUUCACCUCCGUCAUGGACAUCCUCAACAUGAUCUUCACUGUAGUUUUCACUAUCGAGAUGAUCAUUAAGCUGAUGGCUCUGCGGGCGCAUCACUAUUUCAUCGAUCCCUGGAACUCAUUUGAUGCGCUGAUUGUCGUGGGGAGCGUGUUGGACAUCGCUGUGUCUGAACUGAGUGGAGGAGGCGGCCAUGGUGAGGGUGGUGGGAAAGGAGAACAUGGAAAAGUGUCCAUCACUUUCUUCCGUUUAUUCCGAGUGUUGAGGUUGGUGAAACUUCUCAGCAAAGGAGAAGGCAUCCGCACUCUUCUCUGGACUUUUGUCAAGUCCUUGCAGGCUUUACCUUAUGUCGGCCUCCUCAUCGCCAUGAUUUUCUUCAUCUAUGCAGUGAUUGGCAUGCAGAUGUUUGGAAAAAUAGCUAUUGAUGACAACACAGAGAUCAACAGAAACUGCAACUUCCAGACUUUCUUCAUGGCCGUUCUGGUCCUUUUCAGGUGUGCCACCGGGGAGCAGUGGCAGGAGAUCAUGUUGGCCGCCCUGCCCGGCAGACGCUGUGACCCCGAGUCUGAAAUCGAGCCAGGAGAAGAGUUCACAUGUGGAAGCAAUCUGGCCUACAUGUACUUCAUCAGCUUCUUCAUGCUCUGUGCUUACCUGAUCAUCAAUCUGUUCAUCGCUGUCAUCAUGGACAACUUUGAAUAUCUCACACGAGACUGGACUGUGCUCGGCACUCACCACCUGGACGAGUUUAAGAGGGUUUGGUCUGACUAUGACCCAGAAGCCACCGGUCGCAUUAAGCACAUCGACAUAGUCACCAUGUUGCGCAGGAUUCAGCCGCCUCUUGGAUUUGGGAAGCUGUGUCCUCAUCGUGUUGCCUGCAGAAGGCUGGUGGCCAUGAACGUCCCCCUGCACCCUGACGGGACAGUCAGCUUCAACGCCACUCUAUUCGCUCUCGUUCGAACCUCGCUGAAGAUUAAGACUGAAGGCCCUGUUGAUCAGCAGAACGAGGAGCUGAAGAUUAUAAUUAAGAAGCUUUGGAAGCACACCAAACCUAAACUCAUUGAUGAGAUUAUCCCGCCGCCUAGAGGGGAUGAGGUGACGUGUGGAAAGUUUUAUGCCAGCUUCUUGAUUCAGGAUUACUUCAAAAAGUUCCGCAAAAGAAAAGAGCGAGAGAGAAAGUCCAAGAAGAAGGACAGAGCAGCCGCUCUGCAGCUAGGGCUGCGGACUCUGCAGGACCUGGCUCCAGAGAUGCGCCUGGCGAUGGCCUGUGACCUGGAGGAGGAGGAGGCCGCAGAGGGAGAGAUGAUGGCUGAUGAGAUUUUCGAUAGUGAGCGUUCGGUGAGCACCACGCCCGCCGCCACUCCGAUGCCCCCUCUGGACGUGCUGGUGGAGCAGACGGCGGUGAUCAUUGAACCUGGGUCCAGGUUCACCAACGGGGAUGUGAUCACCAAACAGGUGGAGGGCUUGCGGGAGCACCAGAGACCAGGAUCAGAGCUGGCGGGUGUCAGCAUUGUUACAGAGCAGCCUGUGAGGUCUGAGCCCCCCAUCCUCAGAGUGGAGUCCAUCAGUGAAUCGCCUCCUCCCCCUCCUCUCCCAGAGUUAUCAGGCGGAGGAGAAGUUGUAGCUGAUGGAGGAAUAGUUUCGGCUCCAAGUGGAGCAGCUGAGCAGUUUUAUAGCAGUGAUGGAGAUGUUGCAAACCUAGGAUCAGACAGGUUUCUGUAUCCAGAGGCUGUGUCUCCUGUUCCAGAUGUGUAUCCUGUUCCAGAUGCUGUGUCUCCUGUUCCAGAUGUUGUGUAUCCUGUUCCAGAUGCUGUGUCUCCUGUACCAACUGAGACAGGAUACAUUGGCCAGAGUCUGGACAGAGCCAGCAGCAUAGGAGAAAUGCCCUACGAUCCUCGUGAUGCUAAUGGUUUUGUUCUGAACAGUUACGGUGAAAACAACAUGAAUGGAGGGAGUGUGGCUGUGAGUCCCGCUCCCUCCGAGGCAGACGCGUACAACAGGAAUGACUACAACGAAAUGGGCUACAUUGAAAACGGCAGCUUUAUCAGCACUAAUGGUAAUGGAAGUGUGAUGAGCGGCUGCAAUGACAACGGUUACAGUGAGAGCAGUGGAGCUCGAUUUGUCCGGAGACGACUACUUCCUGCCAUACCCAAAGGUCGUAAACCUGCCUUUAGCUUCCAGUGUCUGAGGCCUCAGAGCAGUGCGGACGACCUGCCGGUCCCGGGAACUUAUCAUGGGAACACGUCUCCAUCCAGAUCCCGUCUGCAGGUCCAACACAGCCUGGACUCCCGGCCCAGCAGCGUGUCCUCCAUGUCGUCCGCCUCCUGGGCCAACACGGCAACAGCCGGCGCCACUCCUCUUCCAAAAAUAGGCGCUCCCACAGGCCGCAGGGGCAAGCUCAUCUACACCCCCAUGAUCCUGGUGGAUCAAGAGUCCGGCACCAGUCAGCCUCUGUGGUGUGACGGCUCUGCCAGCCUUCCAAUGGGACAACGUCCAGACUGGUACCCUGGUCAGACCAGAACCUUCACCAGUGUGAGGAUGCCGCCCUCUGGCAAACAGAGCUUUAUGGACAAAGGCAGCGCUGACAAUCUAGUAGAGUCGAUCCUGAUCUCUGAAGGGCUCGGCGUCUACGCCCGGGACCCAAAGUUUGUGAACUUUGCCAAGCGGGAGAUCGCCGAGGCGUGCCACAUGAGUCUGGAUGAGAUGGAAAGCGCUGCUACGGACCUGAUCGCACGAGGAGCCAGUCGCUCGCUUUCCCGGUUUGAGGACGAACUGGCCGACGAAAUGAACUGUGUGAUUUCUUACUGAGA